AGGAGGGCAUCAGGCUGAAGGGGACCCAUCCCAACCUUCCUCCCAGCCCCAGAAAGAGUCAAGCUCCCUUCAGAAAGGCUCAAAUGGAAUAUUCUAUGGGCAAGCAAAUGCCACCUCUCCUCUGCUGAGGUGGGAGCUGGUGGCUCCUCCCUGUGAACCACACAUCUCAAUGUCUUUUCUACAAGUGAGUUUGACAGUAAAAGGAUUGUCACUGUGAACAGGUGAGACAGAAGUCUCCUUCACUGGCUUCCGUUGCUGCUGCUGGCUCAGGGUCAGAAGAACAGACAGCAUAUGAAAUACUCUCACCAGAACAAAGGUCCCAGUGCUGAUAGGCAAACCUCAAACUCUGGCAGCCGAGCGAACAGCAGGAGCCAGAGCCCACUUGAAUUGUUCACAGGCUUAGAAGUCAAGUUCAGACUUGAUCUGCCUGAGAUUCCUUUCAACCAGGAUUUGUCAUAGCAGGUAGCUGACAAGAUUUCCCUGCAAGGACCGGCAACAUGCACUGUGCCAUCCAAAAUGCAGCGGUGCUGGAUGGGGCUCAUUUGAUGCAGAUCUUCUGGCAUGACGGCGCAGAGUCUCUCUACCCAGCUGUAUGGCUGAGAGACAAUUGCCCGUGCUCCGAUUGCUACCUGGAUUCUGCAAAAGCGCGGAAACUUCUCAUCGAAACUCUUGAUGUGAACAUCGGUAUUAAAAGCUUGACGUUUGACAGAAAAAAGGUUUGUAUCACGUGGCCAAAUGAGCAUUACAGCGAAUUUGAAGCUGACUGGCUGAAGAAAAGAUGCUUUUCACAGCAGGCCAGAGGAAAACUCCAAAGAGAGUUAUUUUUGCCAGAAUGUCAGUACUGGGGCGCAGAGCUCCAGCUACCUACACUGGAUUUUGAAGAUGUUUUAAAAAAUGAUGAACAUGCCUACAAGUGGCUCUCCAGCCUCAAGAAAGUAGGCAUAGUACGACUCACAGGAGCAUCUGACAAACAAGGACAAGUUUUAAAACUUGGGAAAAGGAUUGGUUUCCUUUAUCUUACAUUUUAUGGCACCUUGUACUUCAGCUUUGGAAGACAUACUUGGCAAGUGCAAGACAAAAUUGACGCAAACAAUGUGGCUUACACAACUGGGAAGCUAAGCUUUCACACUGAUUAUCCAGCCCUCCAUCAUCCACCUGGGGUUCAGUUUCUGCACUGCAUAAAGCAAACAGUCACUGGGGGUGAUUCAGAAAUUGUAGAUGGGUUUAACAUAUGCCGAAAGCUCAAGGAAAAAAAUCCUCGCGCAUUCCAGAUUUUGUCCUCCACUUUUGUGGACUUUACAGACAUUGGAGUGGAUUACUGUGAUUUCUCUGUACAAUCCAAACACAAGAUUAUAGAAUUAGAUGAUAAAGGCCAAGUGGUUCGCAUCAACUUCAAUAAUGCAACCAGAGAUACAGUAUUUGAUGUACCUGUUGAAAGAGUUCAGCCUUUUUAUGCUGCUCUGAAGGAGUUUGUUGACCUCAUGAACUGUAAAGAAUCCAAGUUUACUUUCAAGAUGAAUCCAGGUGAUGUGAUUACUUUUGAUAACUGGCGCUUACUUCAUGGCCGACGUAGCUAUGAAGCAGGAACUGAGAUAUCCCGCCAUCUAGAAGGAGCUUAUGCCGACUGGGAUGUAGUGAUGUCAAGGCUUCGUAUCUUAAGGCAGAGUAUCCAGAACAGAAACUGAAUCUCCUGUCUAUAAUUUCAGUAAGAUUCCAAUUAUAAGAUAUGGCAAGGUUGUCUUCACAGACCAGGAUCCAUGUCAUUUACAUAUUAAUUUCUUUCACAUUGAACAUGUCACCUUUCUUGGGCGGGUUUUCUUUUCUUCAUAAUCAUAUAUAAUGCCAAUUUUUUAGAUGUUUUAGCAGUGUUCUUUUCAAAUAAAGCAUCUCUUCUGCUCUAUUGCAUGUAUGAUCUAAUUUCUUUUGCCUGUAUAUGAGAGUCUCCAGAAUGCCUACAAAUAGUUUUGUAUCAAAUAAAACUUUUUCAAAUAAAGCCUUUUUUAAAUAAAGCUUUUGUUUCAAAUAAAGGUUGUGUUUCAAAUAAAACUUGUCUCAAAUAAAACAUG